UCUCUCUGUGGGAAUUUAAAAUAAACAAAUAUUUUGCUUUAUAUUCCUUUUUAAAACGAAUUGUUUCAUAAUAGAUUAUAGCUUUAUUAACAAUACCCUUUAAUAGUUUAUAGAUUAAAUUGCUGUACAAAUUACUCGUGCUUAAAUUCGCCAAUAAGAUUUGACAUGACACACACCCAGUGGAUAACCAAUGAGAUGCCUCCAUUUUAGUUACGCAAGUCAGCAUAGCGUCUGGUUUCGCUGUGAGGUAGUAACGCCUUACAAAACGCUGCUAAUAACCAGUACGGUUAUUUUUCGUAUAUUUCUUCAAAUUGUUUACUAUAAUGCCUGAGUGUAUUUCGAUCCAUAUUGGACAAGCUGGCGUGCAAAUCGGAAAUGGGUGCUGGCAACUCUAUUGCCUUGAGCAUGGGAUCCAGCCCGAUGGCCAAAUGCCACCUGACAAUAUUCCAGAAGAUGAUGACAACUUCAACUCAUUCUUCAGGGAAUGUUAUGAAAAAAAAUAUGUGCCAAGGGCAGUUUUUGUGGACUUGGAUCCCACAGUAGUAGACUCAUACAAUCACAAACUAAAGGCUGUGAAUGUACAGAGUAGCGUCUGCACAAUCGUAUUGGGAUCAGGAAAGGCAGGCAACAAGACUGGGUGUUGUGAAACUCCAGACGCUGUACAGGUAACUGUCAUCAGAACUUGUGUUAUUUUAAUUAUUCAAAGGCAGGAAAAUAAUCAUUGUGUGAUGAAGAGGAUACCACUGUUGUUAUUGUUAUUGAUGCUGUGGGGUGAGACUAUGUCUGUGUGGGACUGGGUCUGUAACGGGCCGUUUGUUUAGUCCCCAGAUUAUAUAUGAUAGAAUAUGGAGCAACGGUGGAGUGACACUUUCAGGGGAAAACCAAAGGUCUCAGAUCAAAAUGUGUCUCAGUGCCACUUUGUUCGCCACAAAUUUCAUUUGGACUGACCUAGGUGCAAACCCAGUCAUUAAAUUCAGUGUAUAAGAUAAGCCGAAGGUGUAGUGACCUCGGGCAUACUUGUCAGCAGGAUCUUCAUUUCCAGUAAUGAAAUUAGCAGGGUGGAAUAGCUGUCUGUACGUGCCAGUGCGAACUUUAUCUGUGAACACACCAGUCAACGUCAACAUCAACAUUAUACUUCGCUACAUUUCAAUGGGCAUUUCCCAAUACAAUUAAACAGCAUGCUCCUUUGCCUGUGGGAUCCAAGUCCACAAAAACUGCCCUUGGCACAUAUUUUUUUUCAUAACAUUCCCUGAAGAAUGAGUUGAAGUUGUCAUCAUCUUCUGGAAUAUUGUCAGGUGGCAUUUGGCCAUCGGGCUGGAUCCCAUGCUCAAGGCAAUAGAGUUGCCAGCACCCAUUUCCCAUCUGCACGCCAGCUUGUCCAAUAUGGAUCGAAAUACACUCAGGCUGAAACACAACACUACUUCAGAUCACCCUGUCACAUGACAAGACAUUGAAAAAUCCUAUCCUUUCUUAUGCUAUUAAGUGAAACAUGAAAUUACAGUAGCUUAUGAAUUUCUUAAAUGUUUUAGAGCCACAGU